AUGACAACUGACGAUUCCAUCUCGCCUCCGCCAUCCUAUUGCGAACCUGGCUCUCAAUCUCCAAACCCAUCAGUCCCUAGAACCACUCCUGGCCUCGCCUCGUCCACCUCGAGUUUGUCCAGCUCCUCUCUUCAAGCUUCCCCCUCUCUCCUGCACAGCUCGGCCUUCCAUUCCUCGAGCCGUACAACCGCCAAGUCAGAUCCCGCCGGACUCGACCUGUCUCACCUCAGCUCAUUGCUCGACAAGUUGGCCCGUCCUUCGUCGCUUCGGUCCACCUCCUCGUCCGAGUACCUCUCAUCUUCUAGCGCCUCCACCUCGGCCGCUUCUUCCUCCUCGGCUCUGCCUUUGACUCCUCGACUUCGAGGCAAAGGUACCUUUCGUGAACCUUCGUACGUGCGUUCCGAACGCAAGUCCCAGUUCAACGAGCUCCUCGACACGUUCCAUCGUGCUACCAUCUGCGAAUUUGAGCCCAGCUACCAGCUCUCAGCCUCGGAUCUCACACACGCCUUUGACCGCCAAGGUAACUCGAUCAGCCCCGUCCAACCCAACGACGUGCUCCGUGGCGUAGCUAGCAGCAUGUCUGAACCCGUCGUCCAGCACCCUUCGCAGUCCGGCUCGCUGCCCAGCCCAGAAAACCCGGGUAAGCUUGUACAGGCAUCCGGUAUCGCUGCCCCUUACCAAGAUGCUAUCAAGCAAGCCAUCCAGGCGCGCAUCGACCAGGGCAAGUCCAGACCCAAGCUCGUCGGUAUCCUCCCCACUCCCAGCCCGCCCAGUGUAGCCUACGCCCAGUGGACGCGCAAGGCGUGUGAGGCGGUCGGCAUCGAAUUCGAGAUCUGGAAAACCUGGGACGACUCGGUCGAGGUCAAGGAGGAGGAUCACAAGGGCUCCGCACCGGACUUUGACCUCGAGGCGGAUGUGGAGGACCUCAUCAUCGCUGCCAACGCCGACGACAAGGUACAUGGCAUUAUGGUGUACUACCCCAUCUUUUUCGGUCGUCAGGACACGUACCUACAACAGAUUGUCGACCCGCGUAAAGACGUCGAGGGUCUGCAUUUCAGCUACUGCUGGAACAUGUACCACAACGUCCGAUGGAUCUCGCCUGCCAAGCUCGGCAACGCGCCCGGCACCACGCGCGAGCUGCCCGAGGAGCGCGCCAGCCGCGAGGCGCUGGAUGCCGAGCAGGUGCCUCCGGGCAUGGCCAAGUCAAUCCUUCCUUGCACGCCGCUCGCCAUGGUCAAGUGUCUCGAGGCGAUUGGCGUCUACGACCGCGAGCUGCCAUACGGAGAUCGCCUGUACGGCAAGACCAUCACCGUAAUCAACCGCUCCGAAGUCGUCGGCCGUCCUCUCGCAGCGCUGCUCUCCAACGACGGUGCCAAGGUGUACUCGGUCGACAUUGACUCGAUCCAAGAGUUCAACAAGCGUGCCGCCGAGCCCUCGGGUGAACCUCAGGGCCGCGCACGAUCCGAGAUUGUCAAGAAGGCCCACGCCCAAAACACGGCCUCGCAACUUCGCCCGCACCACGUCGUGCGCAACUGCAGCAUGACGGCCGAGGAGUGCAUCCGUGCUUCGGACGUCGUGAUUGCCGGCGUGCCCUCGGCCAACUACAAGGUCGAGACCGAAUGGAUCAAGCCCGGUGCGGUCUGCGUCAACUUUUCCAGCGAGAAGAACUUCAAGCCCGAUGUGAGGACGCGUGCAUCCAUGUACCUGCCAGCUAUCGGCAAGACCACCAUCGCCAUGCUCCAGAGGAACUUGCUCCGUCUCGUCGAGUACCGCGAGCUCUCUGAAGGUUCUUCGCAGUAG